AUGGUUGGAGGUCUUACCAGGUACCACACCACGCCCCCGAGCGACGUCAUUAUCGUCCACAACAGACAAUUCCUCAACGAUCUAGUCAAGGUGUAUCCGAGUACAAUUCUCCACGCCGAGAAUGGAGGGUACUACCUCAAGGAUAUGGACGAAGAGGUCGUUGCGAUAACUGCCGACGACCUAUGCACGGAGCUGGAUGCUGCUUUUGCCAGCAUCGAUGCCAAUGUUGUCGGUGACAACUCUGGAUCUGAGGAUGGAGGACCUGGAUCUCUCGACGGGGCAGAUGCUACGAAGAUGAACGAGGAUCUCGCUUGUUACCCUAACUGUCUACAUAACUACUGCAGCCACCCCCGUUGCUUUCGGUCUGCCGUCUGUCUGAGCUACACGAAUUGCCAUGUGUGCUCCACAAGCAGCCGAAAGGUUUGUAUCUAG